AGCCGGGGUAUAAAAAGCGGAUCGGAGACCUAGCGACACUCAGAAUACUAUCAGUAAUCAGUGUUUCAGCAUCAACAGCAACUACAACCAAUUACAAUGGAAAGUCAUUCAACCACAAUCAGCGGCGAGGCGAAUAUUUUCUCUAACAAGCAAGCAGAGAUGAAUGCAACUGCUAUGCACACUCAUACCCGAAAUCUCGACCAAUUCGGAGGUGGGUUGAAUAUUAACUCUAGCCGCGGCCAUGCUGCAUCUGUGGGAGUCAAUCAUAUACCGAAGUACAAUAUGACAACCAUGAAUGCAGCUGGCAAGGUCAAUCUGAUGUCGUCGCCCAGCGGCAACCUCAAUUUGGAUGCCACAGCAAAUGCAUCGCGACACAUGAGCGGACCAUUCCGAGGCAAAUCGGACUUUGGAACUGGACUUAAUUUGAAUUAUAAAUUUUAAUCAGAACACAGGUUGAAAUAAACUCCAGAAAUGUGAGUUUGCAAAUUCUAUUUUUUUAUCGUAGG